GGUUGAGCGAAGUUGUUAUGGAGACGACGACAUGGGGGAUCGCGUAUCAGAAAACAGUAGCGUCGACGAGCAAUUUUUGAUUUCUACCAGGGUGCAGAUCAGCGGUGUGUUGAUGAAAAGACCCUUCGGACACCAAUCGAACAAAUGGUCCAAAAGGUUUUUUGUCAUCAAAGAUGGUUUUUUAUUGUAUUAUCCAGAAAAUGAAAAGAAAGCUUUUGAAAAAAGAGGAACUUUUAAUUUACAUCCGAAGGGAGUAAUUCCAUUAGGGGGAUGUUCUGUGGAAUCGGACACAAAUGGAAAUUAUUCUUAUAUAAUAAAUGUGUGUAGUGAAGAAUUCAGUUGUAAGCAAAUCUCACUUUUGGCUGAAACACGUUUGGAACAAGAAAAAUGGAUGGCAGCAUUGAAACAAGCCAGCAGAGUUACUUGGAAGAAUGCACAGUAUGAAGAAUCUCUAAUAAGAGAACUUGAAACUCAAGGUUUACAGUUGACUAAAGAAAAACAUAAUUAUGUUGAAAAACUUCAGGAAGAAGUUACAGCUUUAAGAAAUGAAAUGGAUAAAAAUGAGGAAUUAGAAAAGUUAACUUUAGAAUUAGAGAAAGAAAAAAGCAAACUGCAAGAAAUGAUUCAACAGUUAGAAAAAGAACAUAAAACAACUCAAAAAGAAUGUGAAGAAACUUCAGAAACAUUGAGGAGGCUGGAAGAUGAUAAAAAACAAUUACAACAAACUACAAACAUGCUGCAGUUAACUUUAGAAAAUCUUGCCGAAGAGAGAGAACGAACAAUUCAUCUUUUGAGGCAGAAGGAAGAAGAAACUCAAAAUCUUUAUGUUACGUCGGAAGAAUUACAAAAUGCUCUGAAGGGUAUCGAAGAAGAAACAAAAUUCAUAUUAGAUGAAAAAAAUGAAUUAGAACAGAGAUAUUUUGAAAUUCAAAUGUAUGCACAAAUGUUACAUGAAGAAAAGCAAAUAUUUAGUGAACAAGCAAAUCAAUUACUUGAUUCUCUAAAUGAACUUGCUUCUCAAAAACAACUAAUGGAAGCUGAAUUAAAAGAAGAAAUUCUAGCAAGAAUCUCAGCAGAAAAACGAUUAAAAAAUGCAGAGGAAUCUCUCUGUCAUUUAGAGCUCUUGUUAAAAAAUAGAACAAAUUCUGAAGACUCUAUAAUUACGGAAAUCAUGACUGACGUUAAGAAUUUAAAAAAAUAUUUUGAAGAUGUAGCAGAAGAAUGUAAACUGAAUGCAGAUAAGCCAAUGAUUAAAAUAAGGGAUGCUAUUUUGGCCAAAAAGAAUUGUGUUCAGAAAUCUCAAUUGUUAAAACUUGAAUUAGCCAAACAAGAAAAAGUGGCUUCCGAUGAUAAUAGAGACAGAUGUGCUCUCCAUCGAACUCAGUCCAUGCUAGUAAGUAAUAAAACACAAAAGAAGAUUCGAACUCUGAGGCGAACAAUGUCUACAAGAAAUUCCAGAGGAAUAUCUAUGCAAGAACUACAGAACAGUUUACCUACAAUGGAAGAAUAAUUUAUAUUAGAAGAAAAUGUUAUGGUACAGUUAUAAUUGCUAUAAUUUAUAUACUGUGUUCUCCCCAGAUUUUAAUUACACAUUGGUGCCUUGUACUUUGAAUUUAAUUUGUUCCAGGAGGUUCAAACUCUGAAUCAAUUUUCCCCAUUAGAAGUAAUGAAAGUGAACAAUCUGUUCCCAGAUCAUAAAUAAUAUCCAUUUUGAUAAACUUAAAACAGUAAAUACACAUAAUUUAAGAUAAAAAUAAUACAAUUAAAUGUCCUAAAAAAUAAAUAGAAAACAUAAAUACUAUAUAAUAAAAUAAAAAUUCCAUUUAUUGGUCCACAUUGUUGGCUUUGGCAUCUUAAACAUGGCUGCCAGAUCCACCAUGUGUACUGCUUUCACUCCAAUUGUCAAUUUCUAUAACCUUUUUCUUGGGCUUCAUUGCUUCCAUACACUUCUAGAUUCAAUAGUUAAUAAGUAGGAGUUAUACAGUAUAUAUAACCAAGCACACUAAAAAUAGAGCUAAAAAAUGCAUGAGAUGGCUUGGUUGCCAAUAGAUGACAUUUAUGCAGCAAGCACACUUUUUCACUGCAUAUACAAUUCAGACAAUUCUUUUUAUGCUCAGACUCCAAAUUGAAUUUCUCUCAGAUUUAGCAUUCAAACUUAAAAUCAUUUGAAGUUGAAGGUAUAUAUGUAUAUAUACCUUCAUAUAUGCAAUGUUAACUAUUUUGUUAUGUCAUAACUUUCACAUAAUACACAAUUAGCACGACGGCCAUGCACAAUUGAUUGCGCCGUUGCUAAUCUGAAUUCAAAUUUAAACCGAUUCAUUGUGGCAAAGGAUAGGACUUCCUUUUGUUGGUACUGAAUGAACUAAUUGUGAAUUGAACGAUAUGUUAGUAAAAACAAUUUUUGAUUUUGAAAAUUGUUCCACUUCUAAAGUGCAUAGAAAUUGGCUGUGUGAACCAACAAAAUCAUAAAGUCAAAUAAAAGUUAAGUUUGGUUCCUAUACAUGGGCAUAGCCAGAGUUUUGUUAUGGGGGCCUAGUAGAGGCCAACCUGACACAAAAUUGAAUUAUUUCAAAUUAUUGUUCAUUAAAAUGAAAAUUCCAUAAGAAUUGACAAUAACUUAACACACACAAAAUAUGAAACUUCCUGUAAUUGUUACAUUGGGCACAGGGAGCUGUUGACCUUUUUUUUAUUUUUUUUUUUUAGGAUUCAGAAUUUUCAGCCUCAAUCUUUUAUUUCUUUUUGCAAAUCGGCUCAACACUUUUUCGGCUGUGAUUUUCUGGGGUGGGCACCAGGUUAACUGGAGGCCGUGCCCCCAGGCUCCCUUGCUAUGCCCAUGUUCCUAUACACUAGUCUUUAAUGACUUGCAUUGUCUCCAAGUCAUUAGACACAAUCAUUAUACCACAUGAAUUCAAAUUUUAAAAUCAUAAAGUGCCUAUAUAUUUCUGGGGAGAAUGCCAAAUACAUUUUACCAAAAUAUUAGACUAAUACUAUUUAACAAAAUAGUACACCAUGUAUAAAAUUUCCAUAAGCAAGUUAUUGUACAUAUUCUAUUUUUAUAUAUUGUCAGAAUCCAAACACUUCAAAAGCUUUAAAAGUAUUUUUUAUAUCUGUAAUAAAUUUUAAUCUCUGCAAAAAAUAAACAAGAUUACUAUUUACUCUAUAAUAAUGUGCAUGUGUAUUUUAGAAUUAAAAUGUGCUGCAUUAAAUGUAAAUAUUGUAUUCAGAUUUGAUCAAAAUUAUGAGUUUUUUCAUAAAAAUCAUUUUGUAUAUAAAACUCAUGUUCUUAAUAUGAAAAAUUCAUUAAUAUAAUUCUUUUAGAAAGUACAAAUGAUUGAAAAAUAAUAAAAUUUGUGCAAUGCUCAUAUUAAAUAGAAUUUAGGUUGUGAGUAUGCAAGUUUUUGUAUAGUUACAUUCAAUUUGCUUGGAAGAUUAAUAUAAUUAAAAGAAGAGUUGUGAUGAAAAUUGCAUCAAAUAAUAUAUAAAUUUACAAACAGAACAGUAGGUAUUAAUACUUUUUUAUUUUCAGCACAUGUGCUACUUUUGAUACAGCUGUUUUUGUAUUUGUCUAUAAUUAAACAUUUACAAGGUAGAAUCCAAAAGUUCUGGAAUUGUUUCCAUAUGGAAACGUGCAUAUACUACAGUCAAGUGAUUCUUGGUUUAUGACAUAAAUCCUUGACCCGUUUAUUUGGUUUUGUCCAAAUGGAUCAAGUGAUCACUACAAUACAUGCAGGUAUUACAAGCAAGGAGCAGAAUGCUCAGUGAUUAGUGAAAUAUUGAGCAGCUGAUUAACAAAUUUUGUUUUUGUUUGUGCAAAGAUCCAAUGGAAACCUACAUGUUGAAGUAGGUUUAUGGUGAUAAAAACUUGCAGUCAAAGUUCUUCAGUUGGCAUCUACGGUUCAAGAAGGGCAGGGGAGAGGUCGAAGAGACAAACUGCGGGCAAACUGGUGACAGCUCUCGCCAACAAAAACAUUUUAAAGGUUGCAACACUGGUUGAACUGGAGACAUUGUGGAAGCACUUCUAGAACCCUCUUCAACCUCUACACCUACUGGCAGAAGUGUAUUGUUUUAGGGAGGCUUAUUUUGAAGGAAGAUAUAUUUCAGCAUUGUAACUAGAACUUUCAAAUGCUACCUCUUAUAUCUUAAGUGACGAUUAUUAUUAAUCUUUAUAGAGUUGUAGAUAAUCAAGUGAAAGAUGAUGAUAAUCAUUAUGCUGCACAAAAUUUGUCAGUCUGAAUGUUAUGAUAUGCAGUUUAGUUUUACUUUGCCAUUUAACAAAUUUAUUGAAACCACGUGACAACAAUUAUAAUUCUUCCAAGUAAUUUGAAGGUUACUAUAUAAAAUUAAUUUUAGAAUUUUGAAAUAUGCAAUUCAUGAUCUGUAAUAUAUAAUCAAGAAACUAAACGAAUAAAACUUGCCUUAAAUUUGCAAAAAAUGCAAAUAAUUCUCAAUGUUAAAAAGUAUCAAACAUAUUUCUUAUAAAAAUACUGAAAAAACUUAUAUCAAAAAUUAAAAUAAUAACUACGACAAAGAAAUUUAUAAAAAAUGUUGCAUUUUCUAAAAAUUAUAUUAUUAUUUAUAAUGAUAUUUUAAAUUAUGUUACAAUGCACUUUGUGAAUUUAAGCUGUUGAUUGCAUUUUCUCAUCAUCAGAAAGCAAAACAAAUUGAAAUGUAGUCUUCCCACAAUAUUUUAAAUUGAUUUUAUAAAUUGUUUAUUAAAUUUUAUUGUUUUUAUAAAAAAAAAGUGUAUACAUAAAUUGUGUGUACU